AUGUCCUAUUCGACAAUUCGCUAUUCGCUCGCCGAUGUUGCGAAAUGCAAUGGCAAAAACGGAGUGAGAACCUGGAUCGUUAUCCAUGACAACAUUUACGAUGUAACGGAUUAUAUGCAACAGCAUCCUGGUGGUCCAGAACUAAUCGAUGAAUAUGCAGGAAAAGACGCGACUAGUGAAUUUGAUGAAUUUGGACAUUCUUCAGAUGCGACAAAAAUGCUCAAAAAAUAUUUGAUCGGUGAACUUGAAGAUGAAGAUAAAAGAGUUAACAGAAUGAAGAAGCGCGCUGCUAACGGAAUAAAAAUGAAAGGAGAGGAUAAGCAAAAACGAAGGCCUUUCUUAAGAUUGAUCUGCGGCAAAUGUACAUGUUAA